GGGAGCAGGAUGGGAGAGAAGACCCUGAGGGCCACUGUUCUGUUGAUGGUUCCCCUUGCAGAGUGGAUUGGAUUAAGGAAGUCCCAUACUGAACAGUUUAACCACUUGUUUGGACUGAACAAACUAAGGAGAGGGAAAGCCAUGCAUGAAGAACAGUAGACUAACCUGCAGGGCCACGCGAGUGGGGACAGGCGGUGACUCUGGAGGCUCUGGUGUGCAGGUCCAACGUGCAGGUGAGGGGCCCCAGAUGCCAGACAGGAGCACCAAGGCCACAAUGGGCGCAGAAGACAUACAUGAAAGGAAAGUCGGCAUGGAGCCUCAGGAUGCACAACCCCGAGGGAUGUUCCAGAACAUCAAGUUCUUUGUCCUGUGUCACAGUAUACUGCAGCUGGCACAGCUCAUGAUCUCGGGCUACCUCAAGAGCUCCAUCUCCACAGUGGAAAAGCGCUUUGGGCUGUCCAGCCAGACCUCAGGGCUGCUAGCUGCUUUCAAUGAGGUAGGGAACAUAUCCUUGAUUUUAUUUGUGAGCUACUUCGGCAGCCGAGUGCACAGACCCCGGAUGAUCGGCUGUGGGGCUAUCCUGGUGGCGGUGGCAGGGCUGCUCAUGGCACUCCCUCACCUCAUCUCAGAACCAUACCGCUACGACCACAGCAGCCCCGAUAGGUCACAGGACUUUGAAGCAUCCCUGUGCCUGCCCACAACUAUGGCUCCAGCCUCUGCCCUGUCCAAUGACAGCUGUUCCAGUCGCACAGAAACCAAGCAUCUGACUAUGGUGGGGAUCAUGUUCACAGCACAGACCCUGCUUGGCAUUGGCGGUGUGCCCAUACAGCCCUUUGGGAUCUCCUACAUCGAUGACUUUGCCCACCAUAGCAACUCACCCCUCUACCUGGGAAUCCUGUUUGCAAUAACCAUGAUGGGGCCCGGCCUGGCCUAUGGGCUGGGUAGCCUCAUGCUACGCCUUUACGUGGACAUUGACCGGAUGCCCGAAGGAGGCAUCAGCCUGACUCCAAAAGACCCCCGAUGGGUGGGUGCCUGGUGGCUGGGCUUCCUCAUCUCUGCAGGCCUGGUGGUCCUGGCUGCCAGCCCCUACUUCUUCUUCCCCAGAGAGAUGCCCAAGGAGAAAUAUGAGCUUCACUUCAGACGGAAGGUCUUGGCAGGAGGGUCCUCGAUUGGCAGCAAGGGUGAGGAGCUCUCCUCCCAGCAUGAGCCUUUAAAGAAACAGGCUGGAUUGCCCCAGAUUGCCCCAGACUUGACUGUGGUCCAGUUUAUUAAAGUCUUCCCCAGGGUGCUGCUGCGGACGCUGCGCCACCCCAUCUUCUUGCUGGUAGUCCUGUCCCAGGUGUGCACCUCAUCCAUGGUGGCGGGCACGGCCACCUUCCUGCCUAAGUUCCUGGAACGCCAGUUUUCCAUCACAGCCUCCUUUGCCAACCUGCUCCUCGGCUGCCUCACUAUCCCCCUGGCCAUUGUGGGCAUCGUGGUGGGAGGUGUCUUAGUCAAGCGACUCCACCUGAGUCCCAUGCAGUGCAGUGCCCUCUGCCUGCUCGGGUCGCUGUUGUGUCUGCUACUCAGCUUGCCGCUCUUCUUCAUUGGCUGCUCUACCCAUCAUAUUGCAGGCAUCACGCAGGACCUGGGUGCCCUGCCGGGGCCAAGCCUGUUUCCUGGCUGCUCAGAGCCCUGCUCCUGCCAAUCAGAUGACUUUAACCCUGUUUGUGAUACCAGUGCCUAUGUGGAGUACACCACACCCUGCCAUGCAGGCUGCACAGGUCGUGUGGUCCAGGAAGCUCUGGGCAAAAGCCAGGUCUUCUACACCAACUGCAGCUGUGUGGCAGGGAAUGGCACCAUAUCUGCAGGUUCCUGUGAGUCUGCCUGCAGCCGCCUGGUGCUGCCCUUCAUUCUCCUCAUCAGCCUGGGAGCAGCAGUGGCCAGCAUCACCCACACACCUUCCUUCAUGCUCAUCCUGAGAGGUGUGAAGAAAGAAGACAAGACCCUGGCAGUGGGAAUGCAAUUCAUGCUCCUGCGAGUGUUGGCCUGGAUGCCCAGUCCUGUGAUCCAUGGCAGUGCCAUUGAUACUACCUGUGUGCACUGGGCCCUGACCUGUGGACGGCGAGCUGUCUGCCGCUACUAUGACCAUGAUCUGCUCCGAAACCGAUUCAUAGGUCUCCAGUUCUUCUUCAAAAGCGGAUCCCUGGUGUGCUUUGCCUUAGUUUUGGCCAUCUUGAGGCAGCAGAGCAGAGAGGCCAGCACCAAGGCCACUGUAAAGAGCGCAGACCUACAAGAACUGUAAGCGUCAGGACCAGAGAAGGAUUCCAGGAGGUCGACAGUCCCAGCCCCACCAGGAAGGCAGCCACAGCCACGCAUCUUCUGAGCCUUUGCCAAUGAUGGGCAAAGCAGCAGCCACAGAUGACGGAAGCACCACAGUCCAAUGCCGGGUCAUCUGCUAAAUCGUGAAGUGACUCUGAAGGAACUUCUGGCUUUGCUUGCUCUUUGGAACCAAGGAGUCACUGUCUUGGCCAUUUCUCAAGCAAGAGGGUCAUCCCCAUUCCUCCCCCAGCCAGAUGGCCAACCUGGAACCACGCUUAAGUGGCGGGGUGGAGCUGUACAGCAUCUCUCUCCCCUGAUUCUAGAACAGGGAGUUAGGCUGACUAAAUGCUGCACCCCACACAGAGCCUCAGCCUAGCUCUGCCACUUGUGGAGACCCUCUCCAUGCUUAAGCAGAAGGGGGCUCCAGCUCUCUGGCUCCAGCUGUGCACAUCAGUGCAGUCAAGGUAGGUAUAGGCCUCCUCCCCAGGCCCAGGUGGCCUUCGAGUAGUGUCUAUUUGGCGCCCCCUGGAGGCAGAAUCCAGAGACGAGAUUAAGGAGAUCUCUGAAUGCAGGAGGGAGCAGGACCCCACAGUUGAUGAAGGGUGUGGGAGAGGGGCUCUUUGAUUCAGAAUGUUGCAGUUUUUAUGGUCGGGGAGCCACAGCUGGGAAAGGAAGGUUUAUCCUUUCCUUCAGAGGCCUUGUAUCUUCAGAGACCACUUUAUAUUCAGACCCAUUCCUACUUAAUGUGUAUUGUCAAGAUCUCAUACAUUUGACCAGGGACCGCCAACGCCACUCUAGUUUUUGAGAAUAGAAUCCUAGUCCAUAUCCCCGGGGCUUUGUAUCUAAGACCCGAUACUGUCAUAGACAAGUCAUGGGUGACCUCUGUUUCUCUGAGAUCUCUGGACCAAUGUGAAGUCUCAGGGCGGAGAAGAGCAAAGCCAACCCAACCCCUCACAGUGAGCUGUGGUGCAGUAUUCUAGGGUCAGAUUCCCUGGACCCCAGUCUUUUCCAAGGCAGACCUGGUCCUGCUUUCUAGACAAUUCUGUCUGGCCUAGUUGCUUACGGGCAGCAGAAGAGAAACCCCUGAUCUGCUCCCAGCCUGGCCUGUUAACGCUACCCCUCCCUGUGUAGCCACGAAGGGAGGUGAGGAACUACCAGCAGCCUUCCAACCUGUGUGCCAGCUCUUAGCUAAGGGACCAGGUAUUUGUCCUUGGUGCAGAAGAAGAGACUACAGAAGCUCUCAUUCCUGUCAGGCAUGGUGGCUUGGCACACAUCUGUCACCUAGCAUUUAGAGGCUAGAUCAGAAGUUCAAUCAGUGAGUCUCAGCUCCAUAGUGAGUUUGAGUCUAACCUGGACUACAUGAGAAUGUCUCGAAUAAUCUAAAAAGAAUAAAGAGAAGGAAAGAGGAGAAGGGGAGGAGGAUGAGGAGAAGAUCCUGGUCGACGACGUCAAUCCUACAGUUGAGUAGUUUAACCAGUGCCUGAGCCUACACUAAUCAGUGCCAAGACUUUUGAAAAUCACUUUCACCAAGACGAGUCUGUUAGCGGGUUUCCAUUCUGUCUGUUCUCCUGCUCCCCGGGCUGUACAGGAAUAGCCUGGCCGUAUAUAUACAGCUUAUUAUUAAAUUUGUCUCUGCAUAAUGCCUCUCCCACGACAAAAA